AAUAACAACCACACACACUCAAUUCAUCACUCAUUUCCUGUUAGUUAACCCUUCCCUCCAAAACCCAUCAAAAGAAAAGCAAUGCUUCGCUCUCUGUCUCUCCCACCUUUAUCUUUCAAUUCGCCAUCCAAAACCUUAAAACCCUACCAUCUCUCUUCCUCUUCCUCUCUACAUCCUCCUUUUUACCUUAGAUUCCGUACAAGUAACCAUGAAAAUCUUCGGUACCUCAAAGCCAUAGGUGUUAUUGAUCGCAACACUAAACCACACCAACUGCCAUCACCUGAUGCCAUAACCCAAAUACUUUCCACCAUAAAUUUCUUCAAAUCCAAGGGCUUUCAGGACACUGACUUCUCAAGGCUCACUUCCAUUUGCCCUCAACUCAUUUCCAAUAACUUUGACCUCACUGAUGUAGACCCUGUUUUCCAAUUCUUGGCUAGCGAUUUACAUGCUUCAGUCCAAGAAUCCAGAGGCUUGAUCUUUAACUGCCCUCAAAUCCUCUUUUCUGAUGUUGAAUAUUGCCUUAGACCAACCCUUAAUUAUCUUAGGCAAUUAGGGGUAGCAAAAUUGAAUGUCCCAAGUAAAUUAAAUGCUCAUCUUUUGAACAUCCGUGAAGAGAAACUACGUUCGAAGAUCAAAUUUUUGAAGAGUGUAGGGCUUUCACACAAGGAGGCAGCAAGUUUCAGCGCAAGAAUUCCUGCUAUAUUUGGGUACAGUAUUGAAAACAAUUUGAGACCCAAGCUCCAAUACUUGUUGGAGGAGAUGGAGAGGAGUAUGGAGGAGUUGAAAGAGUUUCCACAAUACUUUGGGUUUAGCUUGGAGAAGAGGAUUGUGCCUAGGCAUUUGCAUUUGAAGAAGAGGGAUGUUCGGAUUAAGUUGAAUCGAAUGUUAAUGUGGAGUGAUCAGAGAUUCUAUGCAAAAUGGAAGUGAAUAAUUUGGUAUGAUACAAUUGUGGGAUCCAAGUGUAACUAUUUUUUUUUCCUUUCGUUUAACCCCUUGCACCUUCAAUUAGAAGUUUAGCAUAACAUUCCUGAAAGUUGCGAGCGUGCACCAGACAAAGUAUUUAUCAUAUUAUAG